AUGACCAGGAGCGACACAGGUAAUAGUAGUAGUUGUAUUAGUAAUAGUAGUAAUAGCAGUAGCAAUAGUAGUAUUAAUAGUAGUAGUAAUAGUAAUAGUAGCAAUAGCUUUAGUAGCGAUAGCAGGAGCGAUAAUAUUGAUAAUGAUAGAGUAGAAAUACGCAAAAUUGUCAAGAAUGUACAAAAAGGCUAUAUUAUAUGGCACAUUCCCCUCCUCUAUGAUCGAGUGACUAGUGUCAGCUUAUCGUUAGAAAAAGCGACGGCGACGAUAACGGCAGAGAUAGACUAUAACGAACGGCGAAAACGGCGCGAAGGCUACACGUUUUGCGGCCUGGUAAAGGAAGAGGAAGAUAAUCGUCAGCUUGGGGAGCGACUAAUUCACGCUACGUUACUUCAUGUCAGAUCUAACAGGAUCUCAGCCAUUCAAAUCUCGAUGGACGGAUCGCGUGGAAACGAUAGAUUGGAGAAAAGCAUAAAUAUACACGCGUAUGUGCAUCAGGAAGAACGGUGACUUCAACAGUCGGCGAUGUCUGAUUACCCCUCCAGUUUUGUCGUACGACCCAAGAUGUCGCCAUUUUGGCAUUUUAAAGUGGCCGUAUGAUCGUAUUUUUACCAAUAUAGAUCAACUUUAAUCUCGAUUUAACUAGUCUACUAAGUCUGCUUUUAGUUUUA